AUGUAUACCUCAGAAGGAAUAAAUUUUAAAACACGAGUUAUUAAUGGAGGUAUCACGAUUAACAAGAUUAAAUUAUUUUUCGUCGGUGAUGCCGAUGGUCGGCCGAAGAACUGGACCCCAGGGAAAAAUGAAAAAGAUCACUCGAGUAUGGAUCGAUUAAUGACGUUGAAUGUUGAUGUCAAAUUCGAGACGCCUGAAGAACACUUUUUAAAACGUAAAGCACCACCUUAUGAGUUACCUAAGUUUAAUCCAAAAAAUUUAUCGCAAACCGACAUAUGCAAACCUGCGGACGCGGAAUUAACACUCAAACAGCAAGAGAUGAUACUUAUGGUCGGCAGCCCGGGCUCCGGAAAAUCACAUUUUACAAAGAAUCAUUUAAAGGAAUACGGAUAUGUCAACAGAGAUACUUUAGGCAGCUGGCAGAAGUGUAUUGCUGCAGUCCAACAAUAUUUGAAUGAAAGAAAAAGUGUAGUUAUAGACAAUACUAAUCCUGACAAAGUUUCGAGAGAGAGAUAUAUGGAGGUAGCCAAGAAGUGCAACGUUCCGGUCAGAUGUUUUGUCAUGACGACAAGUCUAGAACACGCUAAACAUAAUAAUAAGUUUCGCGAUUUGACUGAUCCAAGCCACGUUCCAAUCAACGACAUUAUUAUACACUCUUAUAUGAAAAAUUAUGAACCGCCAACUUUGGGAGAAGGUUUUAAGGAAAUAGUGGAAAUCAACUUUGUUCCGAAUUUCUGUAAUGAGCAGGAUCGAAGGCUCUAUGAGAUGUAUUUACUCGAAAAUUAAAUCCUCUAGAUUAGUUAAAAGUACUUAAACAAAUAAAUCUUGCAUGAUAUAAAUUGAAAUCCGCCGCCGAAUCUAUUUUUAAUUAAUAU